CGGAGCUGAACAUCACGUUUAGAUGAAUUAACAGCGUGCGCGCGCGAGAGCAGGACUGUCACUCGGGCUGCGCAAAAGCGGGAGCUGAUCCUCACAUCUGUACCUGGUGAUGCUGCGUAAAAGUGGAGCUCAGAAACCGCUGCGUGCGCUCUAAAGGAGGAUACCUUUAGUGUUUAAACCAGGAGGCAAGAACUGUUGAUCCGGACAGACCUGCUUCUCAUCCACAUGGAUGCGCAAUGAUGGAUUAACCACUUUUUGACGCAAGUUUUGCGCUGAGAAACUCCUCCUGGGGAUUUUACACCAGCAACCUUUACUUAGCUUACCCGAUUUGAUUCCACUAAAGAUGUCAUCGGAGUAUUUGAUAAGGUCACUGCUUAUGCUCUUUCUAGCGCUCUUCUCCGCCAAUGCGAGCAACUGGCUAUACCUGGCCAAGCUGUCGUCGGUGGGGAGCAUCUCUGAUGAGGAGACGUGUGAGAAGCUGCGAGGACUCAUCCAGAGGCAGGUUCAGAUCUGUAAACGUAAUGUGGAGGUGAUGGAUGCGGUGCGCAGAGGAGCUCAGCUCGCCAUCGACGAGUGCCAGUAUCAGUUCCGCAACCGCCGAUGGAACUGCUCCACGCUGGAGAGCGUUCCUGUGUUUGGGAAAGUGGUCACACAAGGUACGAGGGAAGCUGCAUUUGUAUAUGCCAUAUCCGCAGCUAGCGUAGCAUUUGCAGUGACCAGAGCCUGCAGCAGUGGAGAGCUGGACAAGUGUGGAUGUGACCGUAAUGUUCACGGAGUCAGUCCAGAAGGUUUCCAGUGGUCAGGAUGCUCAGAUAACAUUGCAUAUGGGGUUGCUUUCUCCCAAUCCUUCGUGGACAUCAGGGAACGGAGUAAAGGACAGUCAUCCAACAGAGCCCUAAUGAACCUUCAUAACAAUGAAGCAGGAAGAAAAGCGAUUCUCAACCACAUGAGAGUGGAGUGCAAAUGCCACGGCGUUUCAGGCUCCUGCGAAGUCAAGACCUGCUGGAAAGCGAUGCCGCCUUUCCGCAAAGUGGGCAACGUCAUAAAGGAGAAAUUCGACGGUGCCACAGAAGUGGAGCUGCGCAAAGUGGGCACCACCAAAGUCCUGGUGCCCCGAAACUCACAAUUCAAGCCGCACACAGACGAAGAUCUGGUCUACCUGGACCCGAGUCCAGACUUCUGCGAGCAUGACCCCAGAACGCCCGGUAUAAUGGGCACGGCGGGCCGAUUCUGCAACAAGACCUCCAAGGCCAUCGACGGCUGCGAGCUGAUGUGCUGCGGUCGCGGUUUCCACACGGAGGAGGUGGAGGUGGUGGACCGCUGCAGCUGCAAGUUCCACUGGUGCUGCUACGUCAAAUGCAAACAGUGUCGCAAGAUGGUGGAGAUGCACACGUGUCGGUGAUCCCUGACCACGCCCACCCAUAGGGAACGCAGAGACAUUUCAACGAUAAGAGGAACAUGUCAUACAUGAGACUUUAAAUUAUAGGGGCGAGUGUAUAGCCAAGAGUCCCAACUGAGAGUAUUUUUCUCUCCAUGCAUUCUGUUUCAAUUUGCUCUCUUUAUAUUUUUUUAUAUAUCUAUUUUUUAACUUAUUGCAAUGGAAUUGAGAGUGAAUCUGUUUUUUGUUAAUGUGACGCGCACCAUUGGGAAUCAAGGGCACAUGAACGCGGAGAAAAGUCAACGUUUUCAGUCUUUUCUUCAUUAAUGCUGCUUGAUAGACGUUGAACUGAAAAUAUAUCGAACUCGUGGCUGUUCCUGUGAUGCUGCUUGAAUUCGAGAAUUGACGUACGAACGAGUAUUAAACUGAGCCCUGCUUUCGGUAGGGAUGCGAAGCAACUCCGAAUGGGACGGAGUGGAGAUAUUGUUCAAAAGGGAGCUUUUUUCGGAAAUAAGAACUAGCUAUCGAUGCAUCUGGCUGCAAAACUGACAUAGCGUAAAUUGUUUACCCGCUCGGGGGUGCUUGGACCGUGGAUUCUGUGCACGAUGACUCUAGCACUUUUCCUCUCCAGACGCACAUACCACAAAUAAACAAAUCCCCCAGCAUUCCCUGCUCCAUUAGUCAGACCCAGAGACUGAAUUUAUUUAUGUACGAUACCAUAACUCCACGCUUUUCUAUAGUAAGACUCGCUAUCCAGUAUGCUUUUUAAAAGAAACAUAGGUUUGUAAAGACUUAUACACUGAAGAGGACUAUAUUUCAUAUGAAUGUAUGUUAAGUUGAAAUAUAUGCUGUGUCAAAGACUGA